AUGGCUUCCAAACCCACAAUUCGCAUCGGUGUUCUCCUCAUCGACACCGUCGAACUCCUCGACCUUUCCCCUAUCGAUCUCUUCGGCAUGCUCUCUGAACCCUACGUCUCCACCCUCUCCUUCCUGCCCCCGCCUCUCAAAGCCGGCGCCGUCCCCAUGGAAAUCCUCUACAUCAACCAAGCCGGCCCCAAUACACUCCAAGAAUGUACUGCAAAUGUAGGAUUGCGCGUCGAUGCCUCUAUCUCUGACAAGAUUUGUGCUCCUGCAAAGAAAGGUGGAGAGAAGACGCUUGAUAUCCUAUUGAUUCCUGGACCUGACCCUUCCGCGUAUAAGCCGACAGAUGCGCUGAACGGCUUCAUCGAGGGGCAUUUUGACAACGGGACGGAUGUACUGAGUGUUUGCACGGGGAUAUACCCGACUGGCUGCGCCGGAGUUUUGAAGGGGAGGAGGGUUACCGGUCCGAAGCCGUUGGUGUCGGAGCUGCAGAAGAAGUUUCCGGAGGCGAUUUGGGAGACUAAGAGGUGGGUCAGUGAUGGCAAUCUUUGGAGUAGUGGCGCCUUCACCAAUGGACAGGAUAUGGUUGCGGCGUAUAUCCGUGAAAAGUGGCCCGGCCCUACCGCCGAGGCCAUGAUGGCUCUGGCUGAUGUUGGUGAGAGACCGCAUGAGUAUGGAGUAGCAACGUGA